AUGCGUAUUAUUGCUACUGUGGAGUCUAUUUCAACUUCUUGUUUGGAGGUGGCCAAGUUUACGGCUACUGGUGGAGUGCCUGGCGUUCAGAAGCAGGCUAGGUGGCAACCACCACUACACGAGCAAUUUAAACUUAAUUGUGAUACUUAUCUUACUGCAACAAAGGCGAUUCUGGCAAUUAUCUUCUCUUAUGCUGCAAACAUUGAUUGCUAUGACCCGUUGGAUCCAAAUGGGAACAUUACGGUAACUUUUGACAUUUACCAACGUACAGAUCAUGGAUAUCUGGCAAGGGUGACCCUUGAAAACUACUAUCUAUAUCGUCAUAUAGACAAACCAGGGUGGAAGCUAGGAUGGACAUGGGAUAACAAUGAAGUGAUAUGGUCAAUGAGUGGUGCCAUAGCAACUGACAGAGGGAAUUGCUCAUCUUACAGCGGUUCUCAGAUGCCACAUUCCUGCAGGAAAGAUCCCAUCAUAGUGGAUCUCUCUCCAGAUGACUCACAAAACAGGUCAGAACAUUGUUGUCGUGGAGGCCUCCUCUCUGCCUCCUCUAUUGACCCUUCCAAUGCAUUCUCUUCAUUUGAACUUGAAGUCCGCAACUUGGGAGAUAACCCUCUUGGACAAGCACCUAAUAGUCUUACAUUGAUGGCCCCAGGUCCUGGUUAUACUUGUAGCCCCUUUCUUGAAACUAAUCCUACAGUGUCCUCAGAUUUUGGGGGACUGAGACAAGUUCCUGUUCUCAGAACUUGGAAGUCAUCAUGUACAUACUCCAGUUUCAUAGCAAACACAUUGCCAGUAUGCUGUGUUUCCCUCUCAUCAUUUUACAAUCCCUCCAUCACAUCUUGCCGUAAUUGUAGUUGUGGAUGCAGAGAAGCAGAUAAAAACACAGCAUCUUGCAUAAGGCCUAGCGAUCCCUUGACGCGGUCUAGUGAGGACAGCAAAACUGAAAUUGUUGAAUGCACCGACCACAUGUGCCCAGUUCGAGUCCAUUGGCAUUUCAAGAACAACUAUAUGAAGCAGUGGAGGGUCAAGCUCACAAUUUCUAACUACAAUUACAACAGAAACUACUCAAACUGGAACGUGCUGGUUCAACAUCCUGGUUUCUCCCAAAACGCAACAACUUACAGCUUCAACAGCUCUAAACUUCCCACUCUUGGGCUCCAUGAUGGGGUUUCGCUUUUUUGGGGGAUAGAUUAUUACAACAGUGAGCUAUUGCAUUCUGAUAAGGAUGGAGUGGGUCUUGUGACAACAGAAAUACUAUUGGAUAAAGAUCCAAAUUCUUUCACAGUACGUAAUGGAUGGCCAUUUCCGAGAAGAAUAUAUUUCAACGGGGAGAACUGUGAAAUGCCUUUACCUGACACGUUUCCUAUGUUACCAAAUGGUAGCUCAAGUUUACGACCAACUUACUGUGUUUUCAGUCUUUCAUUGAUCCUUUUGUUUCUUGCCCUACUACUCCUUUGAUUCUGAACAUAUAUACCUCAAUUUUGAUGCUUUUGAAGAAUCCUCUGU